CAUCAUCCUAAAUAACUAUUUAAUCAGCCACCCUCGUCCUAAAUGUUCAUUUGAGCCUUUUUCUUUUCUCACAUACACCGGAAAUCCUCAUAUUCUCAAUCGAAUCCAAACACCUAUUUUUUGUCUUUCUCACCCCCUUCUCCUAAAUUUAUUUCGUUAUAAUUUUUACCAAAUGAAUCAUAUUAUUCAUUUUUCUCUUUUCUUAGAACACGCCCAAACCAUCUCUAUUUUUCUCAUUUUAUUUAGAAAAGCCACGUCUAGUUAACUGUUAUGUGGUAAUUCCUCUACACUCAUUCUAUUAUAUUUUUCUGUUCCUGCUCAACGCUUUGAACCAAACAAAAUUAGUAGUUUUAACGCACGUUAUAAUGAAUAUUAUAAUAAUUAUAAUAUUAAUAAUUGUUAUUUCUUUUUUUUUUUUUUUAAUAAAAAUAUAUUUUAUACCUAAGUGAUAAAAUUAUGUAUAACGUUGAUAGUAGUACGCAAUUUUUGGCUCCGGAAAUGAGAAAUUAGUUGGCACAUUCUAUGCGGUGUCUAGUCAUCGCUUCACUGGCACUAGUCGGUUUUCGUUAACUAGUUUCACUUUGAGAUUUAAUUUUUCCGUAUUCGGUUAAACUGAGAGGUUGCGAUACUUCUGGUUGGCCAAGAAUUACCGACGCGAAAGCAGCUUGUAUUGAUCAAUAUUAUAGUCUAUGGACUUCAAUUAUAUUAUGUUGGCUAUCCUGCUUCGAGACGCUGUUGUUGAUACUCCCGACGCCACGAACCCGGCGCGGUGACCACCGCUAGCGAAUAAACACGACCCACUUUGUAGGCGAUGUUCAACUUGACGCCAUUUUUAUGUUGUCAUUUUCGGCGUCCUUUUUGAUUAAUUUUAUUUUCUAACAUACCUACGGUUUAUUAAACAAUUUUUUUUAAUCAUUAACAAUUUUUACGCGCGUUUGUUUUUUUGACGAGAUCGCUCGUUAUUAUAGUGGAUACGACGAUUGGUGUUUAAAUCGAUUUGAGUACCCACGCGCAUACAAGUUCUCUUUCAUAACGAGAAUAAUAAUUCAAUAGUUUGUACACUCGUCAAGACUACAGUUAUUAUUAUCUUGUUAACUUGAAUAUUACUUUAACCAAACCGAAAUAUGGCGUACAACCGACGAAGUGGCGGUGGUGGAUAUGGUGGCUAUAACAGUGGCGGCCGCUACAAUAGUGGCGGUUAUCGAACUGGAUCUUCUAGUAACGUUAGCCCUUGGCAGUCCAACUCUGGCAGCGGAGGCCCUUCUCCUCGACAGUCACAAGGUGGCGCGACACCUGCUCUGGCCAUGGCCAGUAACCUCAUCAGCAAGCUAUUGACAUCGUCUACUCCUAUGGUAUUUACUUAUAACAUAUUUUUUUUGUUUUUCAUAGGUAUUGAUUAAAAUUAUAAAUAUUUUAUUUAAUUUUUGAUCUGUAGUUUCAUCUACCCAAAUAACAGUUAGUGCAAUUAGUACCUAAAUAUACUAAGAGGGCGACACAGUUACAUUCUAUCUGCAGUGUAGCUAAAAUAUGUUUUUGUACUUUCAAUAGUUCUCUAAACAUAUUAAAAACGAUACAAUUUAUCAAAUAGUAAUAUUUAUUUAUUUGGAAAAAUAGGUAUUUUUUUGGAUGAGCAAAAAAGCAUUUGAUUGUGUCUGGGUUAGAACAUAUAAUACAGUAAAGUAUAAAACAUAAAUUAUACAUAUGUAUAUGUUUAUAAUACUAAAAUAUAAUUUGUUAAAUUAAUUUAUAAGUUUAAAUACUUAUUAAAAUUUGAAAUGUACAAUUGGUAUUAUCACUAUUAUAAUAAACUUAAAAAAAAAUUAAUAAUAAUGUCUUGGUCGUUAUAAAGUUUUAUAUGUGUAAAGCAGCAGUUCUCAACCUGGGGUAUAUGACAUGAUUUCAAGGGGUACGUGAAAAAAAUUGAAUAAUGGCAGAAAAAGUGAAAUUUAAUGUAACUGAAAUAGUUUACUAAUAUUUAAUAAUAAUAAUAAAAACCUAACCAUUCACAAGCACUCUGUUGGUGGAAAGGGCCUUUUCUACAUACAUGUUAAAUAAAAAAUAAGUAUUGUAAUAAACUGUCUGUAAGUUCAGAUUUACGGGUUUAUUUGUCAUCUGUGGCGCCAGAUUUCAAAAAAUUAAGUUUAAGUAAAAUAGUGGUGAGAGGUCAAGGGGUACGUGAAUGAAAAAAGGUUGAGAACCGCUGGUAUAAAGUAUAAAACAUUUUAUACGCGUAUAUUACCAACCUUGGGUAAAUCUUGAGCUAUUAUUAAAAAAAAUUAGAAACUUCUGAAAUACAUCGAUUAGAAAAUAAUCUCUUUAAAUUUUUUUAAGUGGUAGAACUCAAAGAGUUAAAUGUGAUGAACAUUACAGUAAAGAUCUCAUGUAUCUUGUGGAGUACCACAUGGUGCUGUAUUAUGUCCCUUAUUAUUUAUUAAUUUUAUUAUUGAUUUCUUAAAACUAAAAAUUAAUCUAAACACCUAAACAGGAAUUAUUAAGCUUUGCUGAUAAUACAACUAUAUUAUUAUCUGAACCAACAAUUGAGAUUUUAUACUAUGAAGCAAAAAAGAUAUUACAUAAUAUUUACAUUUGGUUUUGUAAAAUAAACUGUAAUUGAGUUUAAUCAAAUCAAAAUUAACUUUUUUGAACAGUAAAGUUCAAAUUCUUUGUAAACAAUAAGCUCAUAGUUCAUUCAUUACAAUUUAAUCAUAAUCUAAAUACGAUCUGUAGAUCGAAAUGUAUUAUUGGUGAAAAGGUAAAAGAAAUAUAAUAAUAAAAUAAAAACAAAAUUAUUAAAAUGGUGAAUACUCAUAAAUAAAGUAAAUAAAAUAUCUACCGAGGUAUAAUUAUAGAUUACAGGCUUAAAUGGAAUAGCCAUUAACUGCAUUAAUAAUAUUUUACAUAUAUUUUCACUAGUCAGACAGUUUUAGUCAGCGAACGUUGUCUAUUUGUCAAAAAAAUUUGUUAUAUAAAUUUAUGUUCAUUUAAUAUCAAUAAUUUUAUUUUUCUUAUUAUUAUUUCUACAAUGAAUAUAUCAAAAAAUCCCUCAUUGAAAGCAUUUAGUGAAUAUUAUGUUAUGUCAUUGUCUUAAAUUUGGUGAAAUCAUUUUUGUUUAAGGUUUCUUAGAUCCUAAGUGCUAUUGGAAAUAUGAAGACAUACUAUUUCUGUAUUAAACGUUAGAUAGAGAUGGAUAGUCUUACUAUAACACACCUUAAGGUUAACAACCAAUGGUGUGUGUGUGCGUCAUGUGCAUCAUCUCAUGCUUCUACUAGUAUUUCUAAUAGUGCGGCAACGCACAUUAAUACAUCCAAAUGGUACUUUGUAGGUGCUUGUAUAGAUAGUUUAUUUAUUUUGUUUAUUCUCUUAAGGAUUAAAACUGACUACUUCAUGACUAUUAAUUAAUUUAAUUACCAAGGCUUAGAUUUUAAAGCAUUUGCUAAUUAUUAUAGAAUACAGUUAAAAAUAGUAGUGUAAGCUUUAAAUUUGUUGUAUGCACCAGAAACUUCAAAUGUACAAUUUGAUAUAGUUUAUUUUGCAUAUAUAUAUUUGAAUUAUUUUAGACUUUUAGUGCUGCUUUUUGCUAAUGUGAAUAUGAUUUAUUACACAUUUGUAAAUUUAUUAUUAUUUUAUACCUUAGCUAUUAAUUAUUAGUAGAGUUAUUAGCAUUACUAUCCCUCAAUUAUUUCUUUAUUGUUUGAAACUUUAUAUCUGUUUUUAUUUUACUUUUAUUUUUAUCACACUUCUAUCAAUAUUGUUAUUAGCAUUAAUAUCUAAUAGUUUAUCAUAUAUGUACUGCAAAGAAGUUUUUAUGUCAUACUCUAAAUAAAUAAAUAAUAAUUUAUUUUGUAUUUUUAUAAAUUUUAGAAAAAAAAUCUGUCAUUUAUAUAUAAUAAAUCCAUAGAACCCACAAUCAAAUAUUUCAAAUAUCUGGUGUAUAUCAAACUUAAAAACAUUUCUAAAAUAUUUGACAGUUUUCUCAAAUAUUGUACUACUAGAUUGAUAACAAAUUGUUAUAACCGUAUAUUAUCAUAAUUAUGAAAUAUAAUUUGCACAUUUUUUACAAAGGCAUUGUCAUUUGUAGUCCAAUUGUUAUAAUUAUAAUUCAUUACAUUUAUUACCUAUACAAAAUUUUAGAUUAAAUUAAAUUAGUUUUCAAUGAAACCUAAAAGAGUAAAAGUGUGUAUUGCUAGACUGAACACUAAACAAAUUAAAAUAGGUACCACUAAAACUGGUGGUCACAAAUUAAUGGCAGGAUCAGGAAUUAUUUACUUUUAUGAAUUUGGGUUUUUGGAUUCUUGGGAGAAUAAAUUAUUGUAUUAUAUAAUAUUCAUAUAUAUACGAUAAACACGUAUUCAAAAUUACAAGAAAAUGCCUUUAUUAGUAACAUACACUUCAUAAUAAAUUAAUAGAUCCUUAACUACACUCCGAAUCUAAUACUUAUGAAAUUUUUAAUACAUACUACAUAGAAAGUUAAAGUAGAUACUAAGGUACUUAGAUAAUUACUUAUUUUUGAACAAUUUCCUUAGUUUCUAUAAUUUAUAGUUUUAUUAAUUUUUUUACGGUUGUAACUCAUUUUGUAGCUUUAAUGUAAGAAUAUCCUAAUGAAUUAGUACCACUAAAAUAUCUUAAUUUGUAUAUAGUACCUACUACCUAUGAUAAUUAUUGUACAAAUUAAAUUUACACGGAUUUGAUCAAUCACUACAGAAUUUUAGUUAUGGAUAAUUUGAUUAAAUAUUUAUUUAUCUGAACUAUUUUUUAACAAAUUUUCAAUGUUUACCAUUCGUCAAAUAUUUGUUAAAUUAUUUCAUAUGUGAACCAAGCUUAAGGAAAAUACCUACAUUUAUGUUUCAAAUUCUACUCUAUUUUUAAUAAUUUAUUUAGAAAUUGUUUUAACCAUGUUACUUUUAUUAUAUAUCUAAAUUCCUUAUGACAAUUUUUUUUUUAAUUGAAAAAUAAUAUAAUGUGAGCAUUAUAAUAAUAAGCUAUAAAUCUAUUAAAAAUUUAGUAUCUAUAAAUUGUAUUCCCCAGAUUUUGAUUAAUAUACAAUAUGUAUAGUAUAUAUAUUAAUUUUAACCUCAACAACAUAUAAAUUGUACUUAAAUUUAAAAAUGACUUACUUAAAUUGUUAAUAAUUGUUAUGCAUUAAAGCAUUAUGUAUAAUAUUUCAUUAAUUUGUACAUUUUUUAUACAGUUUUUUUGGAAUAGGAAGUUUAAAAAUGUUUGUAUUUAAUAAUAUAAAUAAUUUAGUAUGUAUGAAAACAAGUAUUUAAAUGAAUGCAUGCAUACCAAUAAUUUAAACAUUAAUAUAAUAUAAAAUUCAAAAUUUUAUUCCUUGAUCCUUAAAUUAUUAUAUAUUUUGUAUGGUUUUAGUGUCUAUUUGUCAGUCUACAUGGGACAUACUGCAUGAGACUACAUGGUGCUCCUGGUAAUAAUAGCUAUCUUGUAGUUUUAUUUUCAAACAAUAUCAAUACACAUUGAUAUGGAAAUGGGUUUCUGUUUUUUUUCGUUAUUACAAACUAAAUAAAAUUGUAUUAUUCUUAAUUAUUAGCUAUUAUUAUUUGUUUCAAUUGUAAACCAUGGUCUAGAACUAUUAUAGAAUUUUUAAUUAUAUUAUCUGAAGAAGAGGAUGAAUUUUUUUACUUACCAACUUACCUAUUGUAAUUUUUAUAAUAUUUUUGAAUUCGAUCUUAUAUCUUGUUUUAUUUAAAAAAUAAUACUUGUUAAAAAUCCACUACUAAUAAUAUUACAAAAGCUGAAGCACAUGUAAUCAUUUGUUUUUUAUCAGUGCUAUCCAUUUAAAAAUACAGUAGAUACAGUACAGUUUAUUUACUACUAUUUAUUUUUUUUAUCUACUAUAACAAAAUAGUUUUACUGUGAAUUUAGCCGAAAUAAAACUUUAUUAAUUCCUGUUGAAUUAUGAUUAUUUUUCAGGCUGGCAGUGGUUAUAAUGGAGGCCCUAAUCGAAGUAGUAGUUGGAACAAUGGAGGUUCAAGAAUGGCACAUAUGCCAAUGCGUCAAAGACAUGAUGGCCCAGGAGGAUAUAGUAAAGAUAACAGGGUAAUAAAUGUUGAAAAUUCAUUAAAAUACAUGUUAACUUAAAAGUUAUGUUAUUUAAACCAGAAAUAAAAUUUCUAUAGCAAUAAUAAUUCAUAAAAUAUGUUAAAUAUUUAUAAAAAGAUGUGCUACACUAAUGGGUGGAUUACUGUUGUAAAUAAGAAAUUGGAAAGGUUGGGUAUAAAAGAGAUUUUUUUUGUAUCUAUGCAAUAAAAACAAAUUCAAAGUGAAUUUUCUUUUAUACAUAUAUGUAAAUUCCCCCCCUCCUGAGGUUUUUUUUAUUUAAUUUUUUCCCAAUUAUUAGGAAAAUUAUGUAAAAAAUGACUCCUUUAAAGUAUCAACUAAGAAAAUUUCCUUUCAGAAAAGGUGUUGCAGUUAAAUACAUCAGAACAAGAUUUCUGUUAGAAAAAUUGCUCACUGAAUAAAAAAAAAUAAUAAACAUUGUAAAACCAAUGCAUGCCAUACUAUGUCCCAAAAUUAAAACACUUGCUAAAUAUUUAUACAAAUCUUGUGAUAAAUUUUUAAAAAUGUACAUAUUUUUUUUUUUUGUGAAAAUACAGCAAUAAUUAAUAAUCAUAUUACUAAAAAUUAUAUUACUUUAUUUAUAAUAGCGAAAAGGUGGUGACAGUAAAUUUUCUGGUGGAAACCGUAAAUCAGGUGGAGCAAAAGAUGGAGAAAAGCGUAAAUCUGGGAAAGUUAAUGAUGAAAACAAGAAAGGGUGCUUGUUAUAAUUAAAUAAUAUAUACAUAUUUAGAUAAUUUUGUAUUUUAAUUGAGAUUAUGAUUUUAGACCAAAUGAACGUGAAAGAACUAAGGAACAAUUAGAUUUAGACAAAAAGGCUUCAUAUGCUGGUGUUCCUUCUGCUGUACUGUAUUGUCACGUAUGUUCCAAACAUAUGUGGGAUUCUGAGGUGAGAUAUAAGUUUAUGAAAUUAAUAUUUAUAUCAAUAUAGUUGUUAAUUUUAAUUAUUUUAUCGGUUUUAGUCUUUUGAAAAACAUGUACGAGGUAGACCUCAUGAAUUAAUGAUGACUUAUUUGGAUGAAGCAUAUAGAAUGCGUGUUGAUUUUAUGAGACAUCAAAUAAAAGCUGUUGAAAACCAAAGGGAAAUUGAUUUGGAACGUGUUACAAAUAACAAGCAUAAAGCUAAUAAGGCUAAUGCUGCCAAUAAAGUUGUUGGUGGUAAUGCUAAUUCUUCUAAACCACUUUUACGCAGUUAUUGUCCUAUGUGUGAUGUACGCUUUUACGGUCCACUUACUGGACACCGAAAAAGUGAUAGACACAGGGUAAAAUAUAUUAUUUAAAUGUAUAUGUGUGUUAAAUAUAAAUAACUAUUUAAAAUGUUUUAUUAUUUUUAUAGAAACUUAAACAGUUUCUACACCCUGAAUGCAAGUUGUGUGAUGCAUUGUUUCAUACUCGACUUGAAAUGGAUGAACAUAAACUUACUGCUGGGCACUUAAAGGUAAAAAGAAACUAGUAAUAAAGUCUUUAAACCAAAUAACGUGUAUAAAUUACUAUGACUAGUUGGAUAUUUUUAUUGUGGUGUAUAAUAUUAUAUAACAUUAUUUUAGAAAGUGGCUGAACAACGCAACAUAGAAAAUCCUCAUUUAAAAAAUGAUGAAUUUGAUUUGAUUGACAUGAUUAAAAUCGAAGGUUAGUAAAAUCAUUGACUUUAAUAGAAUGAACUAAAAAGACAGAGGAGACCAGUACCUCUUAUGGUUCACAUGGUCUAUCCAGAGGGGGGAUAUUCUUUAUCGAUAAGGGCACUAUCUAGUAUUACCAAAUGCUAUAAUAUUUGAUAAUACUUAAACAAUUAUAUUGUAUAGUGUAUAAAAACAAAUUGAUAGAUGGAGGACUGGCAGAAUUGGUAGAAUUUAAUAGUGAUUAGUUCUUGUUAUAUCACUACAAUAUAUUUCCUCCCUUUCUAUAUAUUCUACACUUGGGAAUCUUAAGUAGUUCUAUGAUACAGUUGUUUCCAAUUUAUUUUAUCAUGGUCUGUGGGUAAAAUAUAUAUUAUAUUAUAUUUUGAAUAUUCAAAGAUCCUCAAUAUAUGUUAUUUAAAAUUCUUAAAUAUUUUUGUAGAAGAUGACCAAGACCAUGAUCAGAUGCCAGUAGCGAAAAAAUAUGAAAUGCUUACUGAUCGCGAUGCAACCAAAUUGAAAUUGGAAUUGGAAGGUGGCAGUUCUGAAAAACAUCGAGAAAAGAAAAACCUCUCUGCUGUAGAAUCUGAUAGUGCUCUUGCAUCUGAUAAAACAAUGGAGGUAGAUGGAGAAAAAUAUGAAGACAAGGAAGGUGAACAACAUGAAAACAAGGAAGGUGAACAAUAUGAAGACAAGGAAGGUGAACAAUAUGAAGACAAGGAAGAUGAACAAUAUGAAGACAAGGAAGGUGAACAAUAUGAAGACAAGAAUGGUGAAGAAUAUGAUGAAAAGCUGGAUGAAGAUAAUGAUACAUCAGGUGUUGUUUCUAUAUUAGAAGAGCAGACAGGAGCUAAUAAAGCUGAUCAAUCUAUAAAAGACGAAAGUUUAAUUACUGCAGAUUUGACCAUUAAUAAAGACAAUCAGGCAGCCUAUGAUCCAGAUGUUGCCAUAGGUAAUUUUUAUUUUUUAACAUUUACAUUUUACAGUAAAAUAUUUAUAGAUAAUUUAAUUAUUUUAACUACUUGUAAAUAUAAAUAAAACAUUAUAUACAUUUUAUUUAGGACAAGAUUUAUUGAUCCCUUCGAAAGGAUUUGUGUGCAGACUAUGUAAUUGUUUCUUAUUGGAUGAACAACGUGUUUCAAUCCAUUGCCAAACUGCUGCACACUAUAUAAAUUAUACAACCAUGACCAAAAUGAAAGAAGCUACUUCUGGUGGUAAAAAACGAGGUAUUGAUGAAGUUGAUGUAGAUGAGACAGAGGUUAAAAUAGAACCAGUUGACGAAGAAGAAGCGCUACUUCAAGAAUUAUUAAAUGAUUGCGGUGUUUCUCAAGAAGUUGAAAAUAAUACUGAAGUUUGUUUAACCAUUAAUUUAAUAUUUUUUGUUUAAGUUUGUACUAUAUUUCUUAAAUGUUUUAGGAGCAAGCUACUAAGCGUAUUAAGUUGGACAUUGAUAAAAUUAACGAAGAAAAAAAUGAUAUUGAUGGCGGUGAACAGCCAUUAACUAAGGUCGAGUCUAUGGUCAUGGAAAAUAAUACGGAGUCUGUUGACAAACCAGUUGAAAAUGUUCAACCAGUAGCUACUACUGCUGAGUCAUUAUCAGUAGCUGCUGCUGAACCAUUAUCAGUAGCUGCUGUUGAACCAGUAGCUGAUGCUGCUAAACUGGUAGUUGAUGCUGCUAAACCAGUAGUAGCUGCUGCUAAACCAGUAGUAGCUGCUGUUGCUGCUGCUGCUGCUACUACUGCUGCUGCUGCUACUACUACUACUGCUGCUGCUGCUGCUGCUGCUGCUACUACUACUACUGCUGCUGCUGCUACUACUACUGCUGCUACUACUGCUAAACCAAUAGCUGUUGCUCCAGUUACUACUCCUAAUAGAGGACGUGGUGGUAGAGGUCGUGGACAUCGUGGUGGUAGUGUGGCUAGACGUGGUAAUAGACGUUAGGUUACUUAAGUAGCUAUAAAAUAAAAAAAAAAAAUUAAAUUUGAAUGAAAAUAUCAAUUUUACUGCAGUUUUAGUGAAUUUUUAAUAUUAUCUGUUUUAAUAAUUAUUUUAUUUACAUCUUUUACAUUUUGUGUUAGGUGAUUAAUUAAUAACAAAUCAGUUCUAAGCAUAAUUUGUGUCAACUUGAAUAUAAUAUUAUUUUUUCACCUACAUAUAAAAUUGUAGUUGUAUUAGUGUUUAUUAUAAUACUUUAAAUAAAAUGAUAUUGCAUUUUUAGAACUAUUUCUUAUAAUUUUUAAGCUUGAAAAAGAAUAUUUAUAGUUUAUAUUUUAUCAUAAUAUAAAAUUAUUAAGUAAAAUAAUUUACAUUAUUAUUAAAAAUUUAAAACAUAAUUUAAUAAUACAAUAUAAUUAUCUUAAGUGAGUUUUUUACAGUUUAAUAAAUAUUUUCAAUAUUAUUUUUACUCUAUUUAAGUAAUAUAGUUACGAAAAUAAUAAUACAGUUUUGGAACAAUGGCACUAUUUACAUUAUUAAAUAUAUUUAAAUAUUUUAGGUUUUAAUAAUAUAAAUAAAAAAGUAGUAUAGUUAUAAUAAUUUCUAUUAUUAAUUGUAGAUUUUUUUAGUACUAAGGUUCAUAUUAUUUAUUAAUUUUGAUUAUAGCAACACAAUAAGAUUUAAUAAAAUAUAAUUGACACUCUGAAAAUUUGUAUUGUAUGUAUUAUUAUAUUCAAACAUAUUGUCACUAUCAUUCAAAGAAUGACCUUGUAUUUUAAAAAAAAAAUACAUUUAAACACCUUAUUUCAUUCCUAUAUAUUUACAAAGAGUGUCCAAAUAAUAUAUAUUGAAUUAAAUUUUAAACUUGAAAAUAAA